AGAGAGCAAGGUGUCUUCAUUUUCGAGAGGACCAGACACCAGAGCUAAGGAGUUCGGAGGAGACGGAAGUGCGAUAUCGAUCGGCAACGAAGGCGAGCAAACGCAGACAAAGAUAUGAACUUCGAUGGGAAGAAGGCCGAGGUUGAAGACUAUGUGCAGAGCAAUCUCAAGGACCAUUCCAACUUGAUGGAAACUAGUCCUGAGGAGCAUGAAGUGCCCCAGAGUACACCAUUGGAGGCUGAGCAGGAGAAUACAAAACUCAAGCAAGAAGAAGGGAGUACAUGCAAUGUAGCUGAGAAGUCGGUGGAGAGUGAAGCUUCUGGGGACAGUGAAGCUAAUGAUGAUGAAGUUGUUCGAGAGAUUGAUGUUUUUCUUAAGCCCUCAAUUGAUUCAAACACUAAGCUAUAUGUACUGCAAUAUCCCUUGAGGCCAAAAUGGCGACCGUAUGACUUAGAUGAAAAGUGUGAAGAGGUAAGAGUGAAGCCUAUGAGUUCAGAAUUUGAAGUCGACCUCAGAGUUGACACUGAUUCCGAAAAUUAUGACAGUGAUGCUGCUCCUGGAGUGAAGAUGACAAAGCAGACUCUUUCAACUGCAUGGAAACCAACUCCUUCCUCAACUGGAUAUGCCGUUGGGGUUCUGGUUGACAACAAGGAUGUACACUCCACUGUUAGGGGCCACAUCAGUCAACUUCCCGAUGAAGUUCUUGAGUGUAUUCUCAAUAAAUUAAAACAUAGGGAUGCAGUUAGAGCAAGUUUGGUAUCAUGUAGAUGGAGGCAUCUUGUUUUGUCCCGGGCUCGCCUUGUUUUUGAUUUGCCUAGCAUGUUUGAAAUGGAAAACUGUGGGCUGAAGGGAGCCUCGGGAAGGAAAUGUGUUUGUUUAGAAUACAAAGAUCGAUUCGUACAAGCUGUAAAUCAAUUCAUAGCUUCAUAUAGAGGCACACACAUAAAUGAAUUCGUUGUCUGUUUUUGCCUGAAGAGGGACUCUGCUUCUGCUGUCUUAAACUGGAUUAGAUUUGCUCUUGAUUUAGGUGUGCAACUGCUCGAAGUGCAGCUUUGUGGUGAACACUGCAAAGCUAAAGUGCCGUUGUGUGGUACUCGUUGCGAAAUUCCUCUAAAGCAUCUUCUGCCAUCUAACCGCGAUGCAGGAGAAACGUUUAUUCUCCGUCCGUUCAGCCAGCUAAAGGCCCUCAUAUUUCAUCGCAUAUGUUUGAAGUCUCACUGUAUGGAGACUUUGCUAUCAAGCUUAGUAAACCUUAAGCAGUUGGAAAUGAAACAAUGCCAAUUGCCUUCCUAUCUAAACCUCAACUCACUGACCAGUCUAGAGGGUGUCUCGGUUUUCUAUUGCACCAUGUUGGAAAAGAUUGACGUGGCUAGUCUUCAGCUUAAGAGUUUGAAUGUUUUGUGCCGGAGGAUUGUUUCGUUGGAGCUAUCUGGGGUUCCUAACUUGGAAGAGCUCUGUUACUCUGUGCAUGGUGGUAGCAUUAUGCACCAUAUUUUUCUGAAGCUGCCCGGACUUCUUCCUCGUUUGAGAACUUUGAGGGUCGACUCUAGUAGUUCCAACAGGAUUGAGCACAUGCCCGAAAGCGUAACUACAUUCUCAAGACUUAGGACAUUAAUGCUGCUGGCAUUGGAUCCCCAAGUGGGUGAUAUGAUGCCUCAGACGGUUCAACUUCUAAAAUCGUGCCCUCUACUCUGUCAUCUUAGUACAUGGCUGUGUGUCCGAGAGGACAAGGAACCCGAGAAGCUAGAGUCCGUUGUUGAAUACCAUCAUGAAUGUCUCGAGUGGAUUUCAAUCCAUGGAUUUGUGGGCACCAAGUAUCAGAUCGAGUCUUGUAAGUAUCUACUCAAACUUGCUCCUCGCGUGAAAAGGUUGGGAUUAAGGCGUGCUUUGCCCGAUUUGUUGUCCCGUCUAAAAGUAGGGCGGAGAAGACAUGUACUGGGUGAAGAAGGAUGUGAGAGGGCACUGAAUGCAUUGAAAGCAUUUUCAAAUGAUGUGAAAGUGUUCUUCUUCUGAAGAAGAAACAUUACAUCGGAGCAAAUGUAUAGAUGCAGAGUAAUAAUAAUAGCACUCUCUCUGUCCAUUCCAUGAAUAAAUUUAGUUCCUAUAA